AUGGCUCCAUCUUUAUACAACACCAUCAACGCCGCCUUUAAGAAACUCUAUAGGAGGUUUCAAAGACUCGAACAACGCGUUAAGCGCAUCGAAGAGCGCCUGGACAUCGAAAAUCAGGAUGACCACCACGACAGUUCUUCCUCGUCGUCUUCAGACGAAGAUGUGAUCCGGCCUGAGAAACCGGCCUCUCAGCGUGUCCCUCAGUCUGAGACCGAGGUUCCCGAGAAGGGAAAGGGAAAGGAGAAGGAGAGACGCGCAAAGCCCAAGAAGCUCGACAAUGUCACCUUCGAGAGCGGUAUCAAUGGCGAGUUCAAUAUCUUCGCUCGUCCCAAGGGCACGGUGAAAAGUCGCCCAAAGACCACUCCCGCUGCCGUCGAAACCAGCAGACCUUCCGAAUUGAACGGAAGCAGAACAAGACCCGCCCCUAUCGCUCAUGGGGCCCCUAAUGACGAUGACGACAACGACGAUGAGACCGCCCCACUCUUGGCCCCAGUCAGUGACCAUCACGAGGAGCCCAGCAGAACACAUAUCACCCGCAGCGCUGCCAGGAGCCUAGGUCUCGACAUUCUCCCCGUCAACAUGGACGAUGCCGACCGCAAUCCUUCCCCAUACAGCAAGGCAAAGCGCGGCAAUCCUAGCCGCGAGACCGGCAAGAGCAAUUCGAAGCGCAAUCGCUCUGACGGAGAUGACGGUUCUCCCGCAAAGCCCGCUUGGUUGUCUCAAAAGCGUAGCAACGGUCGCUUCUCAAAACGAACCGAGACUGAACGGAACAAUGAGCAGAAAGGAUAG